UCUGCACAGUAAAUAUGUACAAGCGUAUUUGAAAAUUCUUAAAAACUUUAAAAUAUAAUACAACAUAAAAUCGAUAAAUACAAACAUAGAGUAUUAAGCUCUCGCAAAAUAGAUCUUAAAAUUGAAAAACAAUGAAGGGGUGCUUAGUAUUUGCCGCGUUACUAAUCGCUGUAAACGCUAAAAUUAUAAAUUGCAAUCAACAAUGGUGGAAGAACAUGUUAUUAUACCAAAUUUAUCCGAGAAGCUUUAAGGACAGCAACGGAGAUGGUAUAGGUGAUAUUAAAGGUAUCAUCAGCAAACUGGAUCAUUUCCAGGAUUUGAAAGUCGAUGCUAUAUGGUUAUCUCCAUUCUAUUUGAGCCCAAUGCUCGAUAUGGGAUACGAUAUUAGCAAUUUCACAGAGGUCGAUCCAAUCUUUGGUACGUUAGAAGAUUUUAAAAAUUUAGUAAAAGGUGCUCACGCGAAGGGUAUAAAAUUACUCGUGGACUUCGUUCCUAAUCAUACGUCGGACAAGCACAAGUGGUUCGAAAUGAGUAUUAAAAAAAUCGAUCCCUAUACCAACUAUUACGUUUGGAGAAAAGGACGGACUCUUCCGAACGGUACCAUCACAUAUCCAAAUAACUGGAUGAGUAUUUACGAUGAACCAGCAUGGGUUUGGAAUGAAGAAAGAGAGGAAUAUUAUUAUCAUCAAUUUUCGUCCUUUCAAAUUGAACUAAACUACUAUGAACCACAACUAAGAGAAGAAAUGAAGAAUAUCAUGAAGUUUUGGUUAGAUUUGGGAGUGGACGGUUUUCGAUUGGAUGCUGCACCUUACUAUUACGAAAAUCAGAAAUUUUUAGAUGAACCACUUUCUGGAACCACCUAUAAUCCUUAUGCUUAUAAUUCUACGAAAAAAAUAUACACGAGAGAUCAACCGGAAACCUACGAUUUAGUUCAAAGCUGGCGGGAUUUAUUGAACGAAUAUUCUACCAAAGAGAAAUGUCCAAAAAUUUUGGUCAUCGAAGCAUAUGCCAGCGUGGAGUAUACCAUGGACUAUUACAAACACGGAGCAAACUUCCCUUUUAAUUUCAAUUUUAUCGAUAAACUGAAUAAGGAUUCAACGGCAUCGGACGUGGCAAAAUAUGUGGAGGAUUGGAUAUCGAAUAUGCCCGAUGGUAGCAUCGCCAACUGGGUGAGUGGAAAUCACGACAAUCGAAGAUUAGUGUCACGAAUUGGAGAAAAACGAGCCCGCAUAAUCAUGACCAUGGUAUUUUUACUUCCGGGUGUGGCUGUGAUUUACAACGGCGAUGAAAUAGGUAUGGAAGAUACGGUACUUUCUUGGGAAGAUACAAAGGAUAGUGCAGCCUGUAAACUCGGCAGAAAUAAUUACUUAUCUAUAAGCAGAGAUUAUGCAAGAACACCUUUCCAAUGGGAUAACACUACUGCGGCCGGAUUUUCUAGCAAUCCCAAACCUUGGUUACCUGUGAACAGUAAUUACUUAACAUUGAAUUUAGCCAAUGAGAAGGUAUCGAAGAACUCUUUCUAUAACAUGAUAGUAUUUCUUUCGAAAUUCAAGAAAAACUUUCCUACGGAAAACAAAGAAUUUGUUAUGAAAGUACCAAACAACAAUGUUUUAGCUUUUUCAAGACGUAUGAAAAAUGGUAAACCUGUUUACGUAGUGGCAAAUUAUGGAGAUCGUGAUGAAUAUGUUGAUAUGAAAAUCUUUAAUAAUGUCCCAAAGAAACUUAUACUUUAUUUCGUCACAGAAUCUUGUGACAUACCUAUUAGAAAAAUCGUCAAAACAGCUGACAACCUAAAAGUUCCUGCACAAACGGGAUUCGUUCUUACGAGUAUUUAAUAAUUGGAUAUUAAUUAUUCAAUGCACAAUGUUCAAGAUCAGAAUAAUUAUAUCAAUUUUUACAACGUUGCUGCAAGGAAUAAACAACCCAUGUUAAUUGUUAAAACUAAUGUUUGUUAAUGCGUUCAUCGAUGAUACCAUAUGAUUCGAGAUAUUUGUUAAAUAAUUUAUUUAAAAUUAAUAUUAAUAAAUAAAAUAAGGGCAUGAAAAUUAAA